UCUCAUCUCAUGGUCUUUAAAAAGGAUCAAACAUAGUAUAGCUUGGACUCUUUUGCCGUCUAUGAUCUCUCUCGAUCUCUCAUCUUAGCUCUCUCUAUCUCUCUUUGUGUUUUCAUCUCUCUUUCUCAUCAAUGGGUUCGAAUUUUCAUUACUCUAUAGAUCUUAACGAAGAUCAAAACCAUCAAGAAGAGCCCUUUUUCUAUCCUCUUGGAUCCUCUGCGUCUCUUGUUAAUCAUCAUCAUCAUCAUCAAGUUCCUUCUAAUUCUUCAUCUUCGUCCUCUUCCAUGUCGUCUCUAUCCUCUUAUCUCCCUUUCUUGAUCAACUCUCAAGAAGAUCAACAUGUUGCCUACAAUAACACUUAUCAUGCUGAUCAUCUCCAUCUUACUCAACCCCUUAAGGCCAAGAUCUUUAACGGUGGAUCAUCAUCAUCAACAUACGAUCUCAUGGUGCCAAAGAAGGAGACAAGACUGAAACUAACGAUAAGGAAAAAAGAUCAGCACGAAGACCAAACCGACUUUUUUCAUCAAAACCCGACAAAGCUCAAUUCAGACUCCGACAAGUGGCUGAUGUCCCCAAAGAUGCGGUUGAUCAAGAAAACAAUCACCAACAAUAAACAGCCCAUUGAUCGCACUAAUAAUACUAAUAAUAAUCAUACAGAAGAACACUACCCUUUAAAUCAUAAGACUAGUUUCGAAGAAGAUCACGAUGAAGAUCUCAAGAAAGUGUCAACCAGGACAACGACAACGGAAAAUCGCUACAAUACAAUCAACGAGAUUGGUUAUGGUAAUAACAAUGGCGUGAUUAGGGUUUGCUCUGAUUGUAACACCACCAAGACUCCUCUCUGGCGAAGCGGGCCUCGAGGUCCCAAGUCUCUUUGUAACGCAUGUGGCAUAAGACAAAGAAAGGCGAGACGGGCGGCAAUGGCUGCAGCCGCAGCUGCCGGCGAUCAAGACGUGGUGGCAGCGCGGCAACAAUUACCGGUGAAAAAGAAAUUACAAAACAAGAAAAAGCGAUGUGACAAAUACAAUCUGUCUCCUCCGGUGGUGGCCAAAGCAAAAAAGUGCAAGAUCAUAGAAGAAGAAGUGCCGGCGAUGGCUGCCGGAGAUUCGGAGAUCAGCAAAUCAACAACUUCUUCUGAUUCUUCAAUUUCGUCGAACAAGCUUUGCUUUGAUGACUUGACGAUAAUGUUGAGCAAAAGCUCAGCUUAUCAACAAGUGUUCCCACAAGAUGAGAAGGAAGCUGCUAUUUUGCUCAUGGCUCUGUCGUAUGGAAUGGUUCAUGGUUGAUCAGAUAAUUACAAUUAUCUUCUGAUGACAAAAAGAGGUUUAUUUUUAUAGUUAUAUAUACCAAAGUAAUCAUAAUAAUGAUUAAUUGUUAAAUCCUUGAGUGAUUAAAGUAGUUUUUGCAGCUGGUCUACGAUAAAACUUUUAAAAAUAAGUGUGUGAGAGUCUAAUAUAAUAAUAAUAAUUAAUAGCUCUAUAUAUAUGUUUUGGGAGAUUUUGGUUUAGGGUUUAUAUGUUGCGUUUUUCCCCGAUGGAACAUUAAUCACCCGAUAAUGUGGGCUCUUGUUCAUUUACA